AAUAGUUGUCUUUAAUUUCUUUUUAGGUCAACAUCAAUUUGAGAUACUAAAAGUGGAUACAAAACUAUUUCCGCCAUGCAGACAAUUAAGUGUGUUGUUGUUGGUGAUGGUGCUGUUGGUAAAACAUGUCUCCUGAUAUCCUACACAACAAACAAAUUCCCGUCGGAGUAUGUACCAACUGUUUUUGACAACUAUGCAGUCACAGUUAUGAUUGGUGGAGAGCCAUACACUCUUGGACUUUUUGAUACUGCAGGGCAAGAGGAUUAUGACAGACUACGACCGUUAAGUUAUCCACAGACAGAUGUUUUUCUAGUAUGUUUCUCAGUGGUCUCUCCAUCCUCAUUUGAAAAUGUGAAAGAAAAGUGGGUGCCUGAGAUAACUCACCACUGUCCAAAGACUCCUUUCUUGCUUGUUGGGACCCAAAUUGAUCUCAGAGAUGACCCCUCUACUAUUGAGAAACUUGCCAAGAACAAACAGAAGCCUAUUACUCCAGAGACUGCUGAAAAGCUGGCACGGGAUCUGAAGGCUGUCAAGUAUGUGGAGUGUUCUGCCCUCACACAGAAAGGCCUAAAGAAUGUGUUUGAUGAAGCAAUAUUGGCUGCCUUGGAGCCUCCAGAACCGAAGAAGAGCCGCAGGUGUGUGCUGCUAUGAACGCAUCUCCAGAGCCCUUUCUGCACAGCUGGUGUUGUCAUCAUACUAAAAGCAAUGUUUAAAUCAAACUAAAGAUUAAAAAUUAAAAUUCGUUUCUGCAAUAAUGACAGACGACCUGCACCUACCCACAUGCACUCAUGUGAGACAAGGCCCAUUAGUAUGGCCCCCUUGCCCUUCCGGUAAUAGUUAAUUUUGAAUAAUUAUGUAUUGUCUAAAAAGCAAUGAGUGCUAGUUUUUGUUUCUUUGUUUUAAAAAAAAAAAAAAACAACAAAAAUCCCCACAAACGUUUUGUUUUGUUUAAAAGCAAGGCAUGCUUGUGCUGACUGUAACCGACUAAUUCAGAUCGUCAGAGCUGCUCCCUGGUCCAUGUGGAGAGUAAUCUGGGGCAUCUUAGUGUCUUCUGUUGUUUUGUUUUGUUUUUCUUCAACCCUUCUCUCCUUUUGGGGUGUGUAUGGGGUUGUUUCUUAGACUUGUAUUUUAAAAUUUGUAAACCUGAGGACAGCCUGUGGGGAGGAGGACAGAUGAUUUCCACAUUCCACUCCCUAGGUCUAGUUUAGCAACUAUGUCCCCACCUGGUGCUCUUAGGAAGGAGUGUGGGAAUGCCUCGUUUAAUAACGUACUCCUUCUUGAAAGUUGCCUUUUCUCUCCACCCUUAAGUGGAUCCAGUCUUUGCUGAAACUCAUGCAGGUGGGUGGGAGCUGUCUUGCCCCUCUCUAGGAUGCACUCUACCUGUGACUGUGACUUUCAAGGGUAUUUGUUUGCCAUUUGCUGAUUUGGGGAGGGGGGAUAAUUUCUAACUUCUUUCAUUGCUAAAUGAAAAAAAGUAUUGCACCUUUUGAAAUACACCAAAUGGAUUGAGUUCCUAAUUAAAAGAGUUCUUUUGCCCCUGUCAGUCAUUUUCUUAUAUGCUUAGUAUAGAUUUACAACUCACUGUGUAGUGUUCCUAGAUUCAGCUGAAGACGAGAUACACAGGGUUCCUUAAGGGCUGGUGUUGGGAAACACAGCCUCACUGGUGAUUGCCAUCUCCUUCAGGUGAUGAGGUUACAGGCCUGCUUCAUUAAGAAGCUAUGAGCAUGUGGGGUGGGGAGCAUACUUUUAACCAACAUGGGGACCAGUCAGGGCUGUACCCCUUUUUUUCUUCCAUGCCUAUGAGGAAUCCUUGAACAACUGGCUGAAGCUCUCUCAAGAAAAAUGGUGAGAGCUUCAUGACUCUUUAUAAGUGUUAAUAGAGACUUUAUCAGAUUAUUUUGUUUGCAAGUUCCAGUUUUUAAAAAUGUUUAGGUAAUCUUCUUCCCCAGUCCUGAUCUUGUAGAUUCAUUAGUGCUGAACCAAUGCUUUCUUGUGUCUCAACUCUUUGUAUAUGAAUUCUUUUCAGAUGUAUUAAACAAACAAAACCCUUCACAAGUGA